UAACGAUUCCAACAAAAUUGACACCAUUAUAUGAGAAGCGUUCUCUUUUUUCAUGGGAAUGAGAAUUCUCAGCUGCUGAAGUUGAAUCACCACACCAAUCUGGUUGCACGAAUAACACUGAUAUGGAGAACAACCCUAGUCCACCCCGAGUUGAUAGAAAAUUCAUUGAGAGGAACAGAAGAAAUCAAAUGAAGACUCUCUUCCACAAACUCAACUCACUUGUGCCUCAUCAAAAAAGAUCAAAGGCGGUUUCACUGCCGGAUCAGCUAGAAGAAGCGACAAACUACAUAAAGAAAUUACAGAUGAAUAUGGAGAAAAUGGAGAAGAAGAAGAACAUGCUACUAGGAAUAGAAAGGCCAAGUGUGAGAAUGAAUGGAGGAGGAGAGAAAGUAGGGUUUAAAUCUCCACGGAUUGAGAUCCAACAAAUGGGUUCAGCCUUAGUGGUUGUUCUAAUAACUGGUUUGGAUUCUCAGUUCAUGUUCAGUGAAACCAUUCGUGUUCUUCAUGAAGAAGGAGUAGAUAUUGUUAACGCUAGUUAUAAUGUUAUCGAAGAUGCAGUUUUCCAUUCAAUACACUGCCAGGACCAGAAAUCUGCGAACGGAGCUGCUAGGAUAUCUGAGAGGCUAAAGAACUUCAUCUAUGAGUCUAGCUACUGUGCUUUCUAAACGAGAAUUUUCAGUUUUCCUUCUAUUUCAUUUUUAUAUAAAUUUAAUUUUUAUCCUUUUUCGUUGUUUUUAUUUAUUAAUGUUUUAUGUGUUUUAUUUUUCUGUCUGUCUUUUUGCUCCAUCUGUUCAACCCAAAGAUGG